GGUGCAUACAUAUUGUGCAUACACAUAUGCAGAGGUAUGAAUGCAUAUGCAUAACGUAGGUGGGUGUGCCCGGGGCGUAUGCACCUAUGCCUCAUUCACCCCAUCGCCGGGCGAAUGAGCGCGGCUCAGGAUCACACCGGGCACGUCGCACCGCCAGAUAACCCGGCCGAUCGGGAUUUCACCUGCUCGCAAACCUCCCAGUUGCAUCGACCCAUUGCCGGUACCUAAUAAUAAGUUGCCUUGGCUGCUGGCUGGCCUACAUUCGGUACAUUGUGUUAGGUACCUACAUCACUUGCCAACCUCCAUCGCGGGCGCCUGCGCAUGUCGGCACGUAACAUCGGCCCAAGCCAGCUGAGCGCUAGAGCACAUCCCGACUGCGAUCCCCCUUUCCCAGCGCCUUUCCCAGCGCUGCGAGCCGCCCCGACGUGACGUUGCAGCGUUCUAUGACCCGGACAAUUUAUGGAGGGUAAAACAGAAACAAAACCAAAAAAAAAAAAAAAAAAACACGACGCCUGCGUAUCAUCACCAUCCGGCAGGCGAGCAAGGGCCGCUGACAUUCGCAGUAGCAUCGUAAGUGACGUCGAGAGUUGCCUGUUCUUGUCCCACCGUUGCUUGCCGCGCUGCUUCGGGCGAAGCCGAGCCCGUGCCUUUUCCCCUCUCCCGUUCCCGGCGGAAGAGGAGCUGCCUGCCUGCCUGCCUGCCUGGGUGGAGGAAGGGGUUAGCUACUUAGCGCCCUUCUUGUUCUUCUUCCUGCGGCCGAGGAAACCCCUCAUCAUGUCCUCGUCCAGCUCGUCCUGGCUCUCGAGCUCCCCGCCCCCGUCCGUCGCCAGCGCCCUCGCCAGCAGCACCGCGAGCACGAACAGCCCCGCCGCCGCCAGCGCCCACGUCCACCCGUCCACCUGCCUCAGUCUGUGCGCGAUGGUAUGGCUGUACGCGGCCGCGAGAUCGGGCGUCUCCAUAUUGGCUCGAUCUCGUGUGGACGCGAGGGAAGACCGAGAGGGGUCGCCGGCGUUGGCGUCCGACGGAUCGAAUGAGGCAACGGUCCCUGUCGGGUAGAUCUAUGUCUAUAUCUAUCUUUAUAUCGACGUAGAUGUGGAUGUAUAAGAUGUCUAGGUAUGCGUAUGUAUAUGCGUGUUGGUGUAUGCGUAGAGAGUCGGGAAUGCGACGAGAAUGAGGAGAACGAGAGAGCGAGAGGAAGAAGAGCAAGAGUCAAGAGUCGGAGAUAGACAGAACGGGCGCUGUUUAGAGGCUAUCUGGACGGCUUGACAAAGGGGAUCAGGGUUUGAGUACGGAAGACUUGUUGGUUCUUAUCCUCCUUCUGACGUGAGACAAGGGCUCGAUUCCCCCGGGGCCCUCGUGACCAAGCUGCUGCUGCGUCUCAAGCCGGCAUGGGGUAGCACCUCGCGAUACCGGACGGCCCAAACCUGCGAUACCAGCCAGCCGCUGCACUCUAUAGAGAUCCCUUCCAUUGCUGUCGAACUUCGGCAUCCUCACUAGGCUACACCGAAAAGCCCAUGUACACGUGCCCACCCCUGCAAGUAUGCAUACUGGGAUGCAAUUGACCCUCGUCUCGUCCAUGAAUGCAAAGCGCUAUUAACUGCACAGCGCGAUAACGCCGUCCCUAUGCGUGGCGGUGACGGUAUUUUACAGAUGCAAAUGUCCACCCGCAGUGUGUACAUGCAGACCCGAAUACUACUCCCCGCGCCCCCAUUCAAAUAUUAG